UCAGGUGCUCCCUCCUACCAUCUCCAAUGGAAUUCACCGGCAGAAGCUUCCACAGAAGCCUGAGUUCCUCCUUGCAAGGUCCUGCACUCAGCAUGAGAGGUUCCAUGUAUGGGAAGGGAGGCAUGCAGCACUUUGGGGCGGCACCCAGCGUCUAUGGGGGGGCUGGAGGCCAGGGCAUCCGCAUCUCGACCUCCAGACCCAUGGUGGGCUAUGGGAGUGAUCUCACCAGAGGAGACGUGUUUGCUGGCAAUGAUAAGAUGACCAUGCAGAACCUAAACGACCGCCUAGCAAGCUACCUGGAGAAAGUACACUCCCUGGAGCAGUCCAACUCCAAACUCGAACUGCUGAUCAAGCAGUGGUAUGAAACAAACACACCCGGCAUCAGGGACGACAGUGCAUAUUACCAACAAAUAAAAGAGCUGCAAAACCAGAUUAAAAGUGUACAACUGCAAAAUUUUCACUGUGUCCUGAAAAUUGAUAAUGCCAAACUAGCUGCUGAGGACCUCAGGCUGAAGUAUGAGGCUGAGAGGGAGAUGCGCCUGACAGUGGAGAGUGAUAUCCAAGGCCUGAAUAAGGUCUCGGCUGAUCUAUCCCUAAGUAGAACAGACUUGGAGAUUCAAGUUAAAGAACUGACUAAAGACCUGGAUCUCCUCAAAAAAGAACAUCAGGAGGAAGUAGACAGCCUACGCAGACAUUUGGGCAAUACUGUAUGUGUAGAAGUGGAUGCUGCUCCAGGCCUGGAGCUUGGCACCAUCAUGAAUGAAUUGAGGCAGAAGUACGAAACAAUAGUCCAGGAGAACCUUCAGAAGGCCAAGGAACAGUUUGAGACACAGACUCAACUUCUGCAGCAACAAGUCACAGGGAGCACUCAAGAGAUAAAAGACAAUGAGGCUCAAGUAAAGGAGCUGAGACACACCUACCGGAACCUAGAGAUCGAACUCCAGUCCCACCUCAGUAUGAAAGAAUCUUUGGAGCGUACAUUAGAGGAGACCAGAGCUCGUUAUGGUAGCCAAUUGGCCACCAUCCAGGCACUGCUGAACUCCAUAGAAGUCCAAAUGACACAGAUUUGGAGUGAUACAGAACGCCAGAACAAGGAGUACAAUAUCCUCCUUGACAUAAAGACCCGGCUUGAGCAGGAAAUUGCUACUUACCGCCGCCUUCUGGAAGGAGAAGAUGUCACACAGACAAACACAACUAUAGAGCAUCUGCCGAGCACCCUGGAGGAGAAAGAUGUGAAGAGAAAAAGGAAGAUUAAGACGAUUGUGGAAGAAGUGGUGGACGGCAAGGUUGUGUCGUGUGAAACCAAAGAGAUGGAAGAAGAUGUGUAAACAGUUGCCGGGAGAUGCUGCUGAGGGUUUGAAAGACAUGUAGACAUAAUUUUUGCUCCCUACAAGAAAGUGGCCAUCAGAAAGCGCUAUUAAAAAUGUGUAGUGAUCAGAAGCGGGGGAAAGCCCAUUUAUCAGUCUCUAUAACUGAAUAUAGAUGUUUUAUUCAGAGGAGUUGCAAACUGCCUACAAAAAUAAAACCCAGUGAGCACUAGGACAUUUAAAACCUCAUUACCGCCAUCUUUACCAUGAAACACAUUGGGUAUAAGCUAUAGAUCACCUAAUAUCAAUUUGUUAACGUUCCUGAAAAUUAUAGCACAUUUGAAUUAUACUAAACUUUGCAGAGCAGAGGAGUCCCUGCAAAUUGCAAAUAAACCACUCUCUAAUCUUUCCUGUUUCCGAAUUACAAAAUCUCCUUUCGGGGGCCUCUGGAUUCUUAAUUGAGCCAAUUUCUUGGUUAAUUUCAUUGGAUUUUUGAUAUUGGUAUAAUCCUGCUAGCUUUGAGUUACAUCUGCUUUCUUUUCCAUUGUCUUCAUUGCCUUUUAAAAUUCACCUCAGCUCAGGGCACCUGGGUGGCACAAGUCAGUUAAGUGUCCGAAUUCAGCUCAGGUCAUCAUCUCAUGGUCCAUGAGUUUGAGCCCCAAAUGGGGCUCUCUGCUGUCAGCACAGAGCCCGUUUCAGAUCCUCUGUCUCCCUCUCUCUCUGCCCCUCCCCACUGCUUCUCUCUCUCUCUCUCUCUCUCUCUCUCUCUCUCUCUCUCUCUCUCACUCUCACACACACACACAAAAUAAAUACAUAAACUUAAAAAAAAAAACCAACUCAACUCAGCUCUUCGAAUAAUUUGAGAGUCAGACUCCGAUUUCAAAUGCUGAGCAGAAUAAGAAUGAAGCACAUCAGGCUUGAAAUGGGAAUAGAUUAGGGGCACAGGUCAAUAUCAGACUCUUGAUUUCAGCUAAUGUCACGAUCCCAGGGUCCUAGGAUCAAGCCCUCAAGCCCUGGGUUGGGCUCUGUGCUGAACCUAGAGCCUGCUUAAGAUUCUCUUGUUCUAGGGGCACCUGGAUGGCUCAGUCGGUUGGGCGUCCGACUUCGGCUCAGGUCAUGAUCUCCCACUCCAUGAGUUCAAGCCCCGCAUCAGGCUCUGUAAUGAUAGCUUGGAGCCUGGAGCCUGCUUCGGAUUCUGUGUCUCCCUCUCUCUCUGCUCCUCCCCUGCUCAUGCUCUGUCUC